UUGAUGACGUCACGGCAAUGGCCGCUCUCACUGUGUAGUGUAGGAUUUCUAAUUCUCUCUUGUAAAAAAAAUAAUAAUAAUUAAGUAGCCGAAAGUAUUUUUUUUCAAACUCGGGAAGCUGUGAGACGAGAUAGCAAUAAAGCUCAUUAAUCCUGUCCCAAUAGAAGUACAGGUGGGAAACGGUAAAAAAUAAGAAACAAAAAAAAACGCACAUUUCUCAUAAAGUUCAUGGUGUUUAUGGGGGAGGUCUGUAUUGUUGAUGGAGGGAAGCAUGGCUGCUAUUAUUGUUGCACAACAAAUAGAAUGUGAAAGAAAGUUGUAGGGUUUUCGAUUGCAAAACAAAAAUCUAGGGCCCUUGAAAGGGGUUACAGCCUUAAUCAGUGCUACUGGAGGGAGAGGGUUCCCUUUACAGUAAAGAUUUGCAGUUUCUGUUAAUCUACCAAUGGAUGUGUCUGAAAGUCCAAAUCAUAAUCCAAAAUCUCCAGAAGAAGAACAACAUAACUCAGACAGUGAACUCUUAAAAGAUGACAUUUUUUCUCAGAAUAUUGAAGAAGGAAGAGAUUCAGAUUUAGAAGAUGAUGAGGUUGAAAGAGUCUCAGACCAAGAAGAACUGGAGAGGUGUUCAGAUCAUGAAGGAGAAAUUGACAAUUCAGAUGCUGAUGAUGAUCCUUGUAGUGAAGAAGAAAUGCAUAAUGAGGCCAAAUAUCAGGACUCUGAUAAUGAUGAGAGGCAAGGGAAAACUGUCACAGCAGUAAAUAAAAUUGAGGAGGAUGAUGAAGAUGAGGAGGAGGAGGAAGAAGUUGAAGAGGAGAGAGACACAGUUGAGGAACAUGAAAAAUUAAAUGAUCUAAAGGAUGAAUCAUCUUCUGUCACCCGGGACUUGGAUGAACAUGAACUUGAUUAUGAUGAGGAGGUGCCUGAAGAACAGAGCACUGUGGCUCCUGAAGAGGAACUAAGGAAAGCAGGUGGAGAGGAUGGAGAGGAUGAAGAGGAGGAGGAAGAUGAUGAGGAGGAGGAGGAAGAGGAGGAGGAGAAUGCUGAUGCCAAACAGAAGAAAGACAAAAGUCAACCAAAACAAGAGGAGGAGGUAGAGGAAACAGAAAAAAAAUUAGAGGAGCAAAAAGUUCCAGAGAGAAUUCGUAGAGAUUCUAUUCGAGAGAAGAAGAAAGAUGAUGAUGAUGGAGAAAUAGAUGAUGGUGAAAUUGAUGAUGAUGAUCUUGAAGAAGGAGAAGUUAAAGAUCCAAGUGAUCGUAAAAUAAGACCUCGUCCCAUUUGUAAAUUUUUCAUGAGAGGCCACUGUACAUGGGGGAUGAAUUGCAGGUUUAUUCAUCCUGGUUUAAACGAUAAAGGAAAUUAUUCUCUUAUUACCAAACCAGACCCUUUUUCUCCAAAUGGUGGUCCACCAGCAGGACCUCUUCCAUUAAUCCCAACAACUCCUUGGGGUGGACCUGUGGUUGAAGAAGUUCUUCCUCCUCCUCCUCCCAUUGAGCCUCCAGCAGAGAGUGCUUGGGAAAGAGGAUUAAGACAUGCAAAAGAGGUUCUAAAAAAAGCAACAUUGCGGAAAGAACAAGAACCUGAUUUUGAAGAAAAAAGAUUUAAUGUUACUAUUGGGGAGGAUGACAGGGAUUUUGACAAAGAAAAUGACUUUUUCAGAGAGAGAAACUACCGCAUUACGAGAGAAGUUAGAGACCCUGGGAAUGACCCCUAUGCAGAUCCUUAUUAUGAUUAUGAAAUGGAAUGCUUUUACAGAGGAGGACAAUAUGAAAAUUUCAGAGUUCAAUACACAGAACCAGAACCCUACCACUAUAGAGAAAGGGAAAGAGAACGGGAUACCAGAGAACGACAACGGGAGAGAGAGAGGGAACGAGAAAGAGACCGUGAAAGAGAGAGGAGGCAAAGAGAACGAGAACGAGAAAGGGAACGAGAGAGGGACAAGGAACGUCAGAGAAGGAAAGAAGAGUGGGAAAGAGAUCGUAUGAAAAGAGAUGAAAAGGAAAGACCAAGAGAAAGGGAACGGGAACGGGAGAAGGAGAAGGAAAAACCCAAACCCAGAUCACCACCACCACCUAGACAGACAGAAGCACCACCUAAAAAAGAAAUAGGGCUUCCACUGAUAAAAAGACCAGAUGAAUGGAAGGACCCUUGGCGCCGGUCUAAAUCUCCCAAAAAGAAACUUGGGGUGUCUGGGUCACCAAACCGAGGACGGAGGAGACACCGACCUUCAGGAUCUUCAGUAUCUCUGUCAAACUCUUCACGGUCAUCAUCACGUUCAUCGUCAUAUUCAGGGUCAGGUUCAUCUCGAUCCAGAUCUCGAUCUAGAUCAUCAUCUUAUAGUUCCUACUCAAGCCACUCUUCUCGGCACAGCUCGUUCUCUGGAAGCAGAUCAAGAUCAAGAUCCUUUUCUACCUCUCCAUCUCCAUCUCCAACCCCUUCUGCUCAACGAAAUGCUGCAAAACCUAAAACAGAGUUACCUGGUCCAGUAAUAAAAGGUGAAAAGCCUAUAAAGAAGCCAUUAACUCCUCCACCUGUAGUGCCACCAGGGAAAGGUGGAAAAGUAAUACCUGAUGCAGGGAAACCGCCAGAGAUCAGGGAAGGAAGAAAAAAGGAACGACAACAGCAUAACCCAUCUCGAAGGAGAGCUGCGAGUGGGAGCGGGAGUGGCAGUGGCAGCAGCUAUUCUGGAUCCAGCUCACGUUCCAGAUCUCCCUCUCACUCAGUGUCUAGAUCACGUUCCAGAUCACGUUCCUCUUCAGCAUCUGCAUCACAUUCUCCAUCAGGUUCCAGAAAGUCCAGAUCUUUGAGUGUAAGUAGUGUGUCAUCUGUAUCCAGUGCCUCCUCAAGCAGUAGUUCCAUACGUAGUGCCGAUUCUGAGGACAUGUAUGCAGACCUUGCCAGUCCAGUAUCCUCUGCCAGUUCUCACUCACCCACACCGGCUCAGCAAAAGAAAGAAAAAGGAAAGCCCAAAAAGGAAGAACCCUUAAAAGAGGAGAGAAAGAAACAAGAACCACCUCCUCAACCUGCUAGACCCUCUUCAGGCCAGAAAACAGGAGCAAGCAGUAAAACUUCACAACAACAUCAGGCACCACCACAAGUCCAGUCUGGUUAUGGCUCUCACAAAGACAUCAAGCUGACACUUCUGAAUAAGCAAGCAGAAAAAGGAAAUAGGAAGAGAUACCAGCCUUCAGAUAAAGAGAGGCCUGCAUCUCCUGUUAGCAAAAGAAUAGCUCUGUCACCUGAAAGAGGACGUGAAAGACGAUUGCCAGGGCGACCAAUUUCACCCAAAGUAGACCGUCCAAGGGGACAAAACCAGAGACCCUCACCUGCACAACCUGAAAGAAAACGUCCUUUGUCUCCUCAACCUAAAGUGUCUGGUAAAGCCUCCAGUGUGUCAAACAAGCCUCCUGAGGCUGCAGCUGCCCCUGCACCCAAGUCUGGUAAAGCUAGCACUCUGUCCCGGCGUGAGGAACUCCUGAAGCAGCUGAAGGCUGUGGAGGAUGCCAUUGCACGAAAAAGAGCAAAAAUCCCCGGGAAAGCGUAGUAAACAGAACCGUUUCCGUUUGGAGAUUGUUGUUUAUAAAAAAACAAA